AUGGCAUCAACAAGGCAUCUCUCGGACACGGAGGAGGCACCAGAAGGUCCCACAGAGAAGAUUUCAUGCAUCGAGUGCCGCCGUCUGAAGCGAAAGUGCGACCGUGUGCAUCCAUGCAACCAGUGUCGACGGUACGACAAGACGUGUGUCUUCCCUCAGCCGGAAGUGCCCCGUCGAGGCAAGAGGUACCUUGCCGAGGUCAAGGGUCGCGUAGAGCGCCUGGAACGCCUUCUUGCCCAACACGCACCUCACGUCGAUAUUGACAGAGAAGGCAGCCCAACAGACUCGUCUGGGCCCCCAUUAUUGGCACCGUCGUCGGCUACCUUCCGUGCAUCUGUUGGCUCGGCGGUUAGCCAUGAACGCGGCCAGCAUCCACCGCCACCACCACCCAAUCCACAAACACCACUCGACAUCUUCGCCGCACCCAACACCAUGUCCGACACCAUCAGCGGUAGCCCAUUAAUACAGAACCGUCCCGUGACCACACCGAUCGUUGCCACUAGCGUGCCCAGCGGGUCCCCCGCCAGCUCGUUGGGCCUGUUCUCGGACCACGCAGGCAGUGUCCCCCGUCGCCCACCUCCGAUCGCUGCCCAGGCAAGCUCAUCGCGUCAGCCAGGUCCUCAACAACCCCAGUUCCCGUCAUCCACAGCCGAGGCAUACGAGCGCCAACCGCGCAAUGCCUCUGGGUACGAAUGGAAUGAGCGACAGGGCCGCGUUGGCGAGAACGACGGCACUGCCUCCUUGUCCGUGGAACCGGACGGCGAGGGGUAUUUGGGGUUUGCGUCCGGUGCGACGCUUCUGAGGAUACUGCAGAUGACUGCCGGAGGCAUCUCGCUCAAGUCGAUCCCCGUGGCCGAAUCCGAGCCGCCCGGACCUGCAAACUGGGUGCCGUCACAUGCGCAACUCCAGAUGUUCAUGGAUGGCUACUUCCAGAACUACCAUACCCAGUACCCGAUCGUGCACGAACACACGUUCCGCGCACAGGUAAACGAGGUUGUGGCCCAGCCACCCCAUAAACAAUGGGCCGUGCUCUACAACGUCGUCUUGGGUCUCGGAGCUUUUUGCGUCUCGCAGCCAAUGUACAUUAUCGACUAUUUCCUCGAACGCGCCAUCUCGGUCAUUUCAGUCGACCACCUCGAGACGGGCAGUCUGGUGCUUGUCCAGGCCUUUACGCUGCUGAGUAACCUCGCCCAGAAGCGCAACAAGCCCAACGCCGGAUCUACCUACCUAGGCAUUGCUGUGCGCAUGGCCAUUGGUCUGGGACUGCACCGCGAGCUGCCAUUGUGGAACAUUAAACCGUUUGACCGCGAGGUUCGACGCCGCGUGUGGUGGGUCGUCUAUAUCUUCGACUCUGGCGCCAGCAUUACUUUCGGACGUCCAAUUCUACUUCCCUAUGGCGAAGCGGACGUGCGCAUGGUCCACAAUGUCCAGGAUCGCCACUUUACGCCGCACUCGCCGUCUGUGCCUCCGCCGUCGCGGGAGAAGACCAUCUACAGCUCGUUGAUGUGGCAAUCGACUUUCCACCUUGUUGGUAACCACUGCUACGACCGCGUCAUUGCCACCCCUCCGCCAUCAGCAGAAGAAGUUAUCGACCUGGACCGCGAGCUGUUCGACUGGUACGGCCAGCUUCCCGAGUGGAUGCAGUCGCGUGCCACGCCCGAGAUGUUUGGCGACACGCCCUGGCUGUAUUUUUCGGCCCACAAGCUGUUCUGGCGUUACUCCAACCUGCGUAUCAUCCUCCACCGCCGCGCCUUUCUUGACCGCGCGCUCAAGGGCCUCCCCAUGGCGGGCAACACGCCCGGCAUGGAGAUUGAACACACCCUUGCGUCCACCUGCAUCGACUGCGCCAUGGAUACCAUUUACGACAUUCACGGCUUCUUCAAGGGCCGUAUCCCGAACCGUCUCGAGACGUGGUACGCCCUGCAUUUCCUUUUCCAGGCAUCCUUCGUUCCCCUCAUCGCCAUGCAUACGGACCAGACGUCGCCCAACCGCGGCCAGUGGGGCGAAUCCGUCCGCCUGGCGUGCGACACACUGCGCGCCGUCCCAGGCGACCCGCUCGCCGACCGCUGUCUCCGCAUCAUCGACCUCCUCAUGCCGUCGCUCACGGACACGCACGUCGAGGUGCCCUCGCUCCUCGACUUCUUCUCCGCAAACCCAAUGUUCCAGGGCUCGGCGGACAUGGCCCAGGACCUCUUGCCGUUCGCCGACCUGGCCACGCUCAUGUCGUUCUGGCCCCAGAACCAGACCUAG